GCUAAAGAACCGCUCAUAACACUGAUCUCAUUUGGACGCGGUGGGGGACGCGAUGUUGGGGACGCUGGUCUGGAUGUUCGUGGCCGGCUUCCUGCUGGCGCUCGCGCCGGGCCGGGCCGCGGGCGCGCCGAGGGCGGGCAGGCGUCCGACGCGGCCGCGAGGCUGCGCGGACCGGCCUGAGGAGCUCCUGGAGCAGCUGUACGGGCGCCUGGCGGCCGGCGUGCUCAGCGCCUUCCACCACACGCUGCAGCUGGGGCCGCGCGAGCAGGCGCGCAACGCGAGCUGCCCGGCAGGGGGCAGGCCCGCCGACCGCCGCUUCCAGACGCCCACCAACCUGCGUAGCGUGUCGCCCUGGGCAUACAG